AUGCAGAUUUCUCAGAGUAGCACUAUAAUAAAGUCGACUCCGUUAUUUGAUGGUCAACUUCUUCAUGUCGGAGGUCGCUUAAAGCACUCUCUUCUAACUUAUGAUGAGAAGUAUCCACUGAUUCUAACUCCUAAGCCUAUUCUCACAAUUCUUAUCAUCCGCGACUGUCAUCUUCGCUGUCUUCAUGGAGGUGUCCAACUUGCCCUUAGUACCUUACGACUACCUUAUUUGAUUCUACGAGGUCGAAGUUUGGUACGAUUAUUGAUUCAUCGGUGCAUUCCCUGCGCCAGUAACAGAGUUAAUACUCAGCAACAGCUGAUGGGUCACCUCUCUUUCAUCCGCAUUACUCCACCUCAACGAGCAUUCAUGAAUACUGGGGUGGGCUAUGUUGGCCCCAUCAAUGUUCGCACCUCCAAAGGACGAGGUCACCAUUCCCACAAGGCCUGGACUUGUAUUUUUGUCUGUUGUGCCUCAAGCUCAGUUCACUUCGAGUUGGUUUCCGAUUACACAGCAGAAGCCUUCAUAGCUGUUUAUAUUCGCUUCACUUCUGGUUGCGGUAUUUGUCGAACGUUGUUUAGUGACAAAGAUCACUAA